AUGAUUUUAAGCAUUAAUAGUAAUGAAAAUAUGGCAGUUGAACAAAAUUUGGAAAAUUUGCAAGGAGAGAAGACGCCAUUCGAUUUAUUGUAUAGCACCGAAUCUGGCUUUUAUAAAGCUUACGAACUACAAGAGAUAAUCGGUCAAGGCAUAGCUUCCGUUGUACGCAAAUGUUUGGAGAAUGAGACUAAACAUCCUUAUGCUGUCAAAAUUGUUGAUGUAACUACAGAACGACAAUCUGAGAAGGAAGCAAAGUUGGCACUGGAAGAAGCACUUUCUGAAGUUAAACUGUUGAAAAAACUUUCUGGACAUCCUUCGAUAGUAAAACUUCACGACUUUUACCCAACACCAACUUUUUUAUUUAUAAUUUUUGAAUUUGCAAGUGAAGAAUUAUUUGAUAAAUUAAAUCGUGCAGUUAAAUUUGGUGAAAAGAAAACUCGUCAUAUAAUGCAACAAUUGUUCGAAGGUAUUUGCUUUAUUCACGAAAAAAUGAUUGUUCAUCGUGACUUAAAAUUAGAAAAUAUUUUGGUUAUUAACGGUGAUCGUGUGGUUAUUAGUGAUUUUGGAUUUGCAAAGCAAUUAAAAGAAGGGCAAUUAUUGAAAGAUCUUGUUGGCACGCCAGGCUAUUUGGCACCAGAAACUUUACGUUGUCAAAUGAAUGAGGAUGCUAAAGGUUAUUCAUUAGAAGUGGAUAAUUGGGCAUUAGGUGUAAUAAUGUAUACAAUGUUAUCUGGACAUGCCCCUUUCUAUCAUAGACAACAACUUAGAAUGAUGAGAAUGAUACAAGAAGGAAAAUACGAAUUUAAAAAGGAAUUAUGGGAACAUAUUUCUGAUGGAGCUAAGGAUCUCAUUCAACGCCUUUUAACUGUCCCAGUUUCAAAAAGAAUACUCAGCUCUGAAAGUUUAAAACAUCCAUGGAUGUUAUCUACAGCAGAUGGUGAAAAUCCUUCAAUUAGUAAAUGGGACCCAAGAAGAAUAUUUAGAAUUGCUCAACAUUCUAUUAGAUUUUUGGUCAGAAUGACGAAUUCUAAAUCAACAACAAAAUUGGGUGAAGGAGAGGAGACUCGUCCACGUCCAUAUAGAAGCAGAAGUGAGUUUGUCGGAAAUUUUUUUAAUUUUUAUAUUAAAAUUAUCGAGCCCAACAAAAAUUAAAAUUGAAUAUUUUUUACAACUAAAAAAUAUUCGGACCCGAAAAGGUUCGAACCCUCCACCCUCUAAAACUUAAAAAAUCACCACUUAACCAAGAAAUCAGAAUCUAGA